ACCUUGGUCCUCACGUUUCAUUCUCAGAACUUUGAGUUUUCGUUCGAUCACGAUGGGUAUGUAUCACGAUGAUCAUCUCACGGAUUCAGAGAAGGAUAUGUGGUCGGAUCUGUGUUUACUGGUGGAUACGGCGGUUAUGGUUGAGGAAGAAGAACAACGUCAUCGUCUUCUUGCAGAAUCCAAGUGCCAUAAGACUGUCUCUGAAGAAGAAGAUAGCCAGAAGAGAUUCUUCUAUCUUUUCCCGAGGAAGAAAAGGUCUUCUUUGGUAAAGAGAAGUUACACACAACAAAACCCUAAUGGAGUUUCUACGUCUUCUUCUUCAUCGCUUCUCGAUCUUAACCUAACCCUCACUGAUUACGAGACGAAAAACGCACAAAACCAUAGUUUUGAUAAGUCUUUGGUGUAUGAUGAAGAACUACGUGCAAAGAAAGGUAAGUCUAAGAUUAUAUGUGAAGAAGAAGAGGAAGAGGACGAAGAGAGUGAGAAGAGACUCUUCGAGAAGAAUCUGAAGAAAUUUGUAAGACACCAACAACAAAACUUUCAUAAUCUCAAUGGGGCUUCAGCUUCUUCAUCGUUCUUGAAUCUUCGUUGUUAUGAGCCUAAGUCCGAGAAGACAGAGACGAGAGACCUACCAAACCCUAAUUACCAGUCUUCUUCGCCGUCUUCAUGCCUAACGGAGAACAAAAGCCGCAAGAGGCGUGCCGUGCAGCAGAGGAAGAGUGGUAAAUUCAAGAAAGCAAAGGUUGCUCCUUUGCUAAGAUUGUCUACAGAGACGCCUGAGUGGAUUUUCGAGGUGAUGAGAUAUAUGAAAGCUGAUGCUGAAAACCCGAGGUUGAUCUUUGUGAGGGCUCUGACAAAUAGUGAUGUCCAAGUAGGCCAGAGCCGUCUCUUAAUCCCAUUCCAGCAGCUAAUCAGAAACGACUUCUUGACGCCUUCCGAGUGUCGAGCCAUACAGAAAGACGAAGACGAAGAAGAAGACGAAGAAGACGAGAAUAUUGGUGUGGGAACGAUUCUUAUGAACCAAAGGUUUAAAAUGUGGGGUUUACGUUUUAAGAUAUGGGUGAUGCAGAAGGACUCUGGACAUGGAACCUUGAAUUACGCUUUGAAUUGGGGUUGGAACGAAGUCGUCAAGGGUAACGGCUUAAAAGCCGGCGACAAGAUCAGUCUUUGGACUUUCAGGUGCCGUGGAGUCCUCUGCUUUGCCCUUGAGACAUGGUAGCUCUCUUAUAUGUUUCAUUUGUCUCUUGAGGGUUUCAUUUAUCUAAUUUCAGGUGAUUCUUGAGGUUUUUUGGUAUAGUAGUAACUUCUUGGAAGUGUUAACUAAUUAACAAUAUUAGGAUUUCGGUUGGUUCUCUCCUCUAUUAGUAUUAGUAACUUGUCUGUCUCCUCUGUUGUCUCAAAUCUUUAAUAUUGUUUUGAAAUAAACUAUUUGUCAUGAA